AUGGCUUCCGCUUCACUUCCAUCUUUCAUUCAGAUGUCAUCCACACAUUCCACCUUCACUGAAAAACUCACCACCCCUCAAAAGAAGUUUCAAAUUGGAAUACCUACAAGACACACACACUCAAUUUCCUGGCCUUUUCCUUCUCCUCCUUCCUGCAAAGCACUUCAAAAGUCAGUUCCUUUGGCUGCUUCACUUGCAAUUCUUCUUUGGUCAGCCCCUGCAAAUGCUGGCUUCAUGUCAGGAAUUUCUGGACUAGAAGCUGUUCCUGGUCCUCAACUACCUCAGAUUGACUUUCUCAAAAAUCUCAAUGAUGAAAACCAGAAGAAAUAUGCUGAGAAUGAUGAAAGAAUUAAAUCAUCCCCUUUGCUGAAGAAACUGCUUGAGCAAUCCAAGUUGAAUAAAGAGAAGAACCGUAAAGAAAUUGAGAACAAGUAUUGCAUACGAGGGGCAGAAUGGGGAGUUGGAGAUUGUUCUGCAGAGGGAAUGUCUCCAGAGGAGAGGGACAAAUUCAUAGCGAUGCUGAAGCAGAAGGCUGGACAAGAGCCUGUGGCUAGUUCAGAUUCAGCCACAUCCUCGGGUGGAUUGCCAAAUGAUAGUGGGGACUCUGUCGUGACUUUGGAUCAAGUUCCUAGGUGGAUUGAUGCUGAGCAUUCCUUAGGGUAUGACAACGGAGACUCAUCAUUUUCUAGUUCACACUACCCUGAUCCCUUGACAUUCAAGUCUGGGACAGAGAGCGGUGGCAGUGAUUCUGUGUCAAGGUUUCCUGUUGAUCAGGAAGUUAAUUCGAAGAUAUACUUGUGGAGGGGGAACCCCUGGAACCUUGAGGUGGAUGCUGUGGUAAAUUCGACAAAUGAGGUCUUGGAUGAAGCACACAGCAGCCCUGGAUUGCAUGCUGCAGCUGGACCUGGUCUUGCAGAAGAAUGUGCGACUUUGGCAAAGAACUAUCCCCGUGAGCCAGCUGCGCAUGUAGCUAUAAGAACUGUACGGCGAUUUCUUGAGAAGCAGAAAGACAAUAUAACAGCUGUCGUUUUUUGCACUACCAGCACAGUUGAUACCGAGAUAUAUAAAAGGUUGCUUCCACUCUACUUCCCCCGGGAUAAACAAGAGGAGUUGAUGGCUUUGGCGAGGCUUCCUGCAGAUGUGGGGGAUGAGAAUGGUGAGACUGUCAUAGAUGAGCGCAAAAUCAGAAUAAAACCUUUGCCUAAAAAAAUUGUUUCAGAACCUGCUAAAGCUCCAGUUGAUCUUCCUGUUAGCGAUGUUGGUUCAGUUCGCAGGACUUCAUCUUAUUUAGACACAUUUCUGGAUCCUGCCUUCAUGUCUUUGAUUAAGGACCCUGAUGAAAGACGUCUGGAGCAGUGGGAGAAAACUGUUCAAGCACAAAGAGGCUGGAAUUUUGCAAACUUGCUUGGAUUUGGUGACCUAGGUGGAGCUCCAUUGUCUGCUGCUGAAGAAUAUUCUCUGCACUCUAGAUAUCUUUCAAAAGCAAAAUCCUUAAAUUUGUCUGAAAUUGCAGAGAUGAAAAUUGUGUUUGAGAAUGCAAAAAGUCCAAGAGAAGGUGAACUCUGGAAGGAUGAGAUAGGAAUUGAUCUGGAGAAACAAAGGGAAGUGGCUAAUAGGCUAAUAGUGGAGAUAAGAUUGCUAGUGAAAACAGUCUUUGGGGAUGGCUGCAUAAAGAAAGAUGGAAAGAACAAGGAACAGCAAGCAGAGUUACGGGUACUUAUGUUUUUCAGCUAUCGUGGAGGGGUAGAUAGUGAGGGUCGUCCUGUCAUGGUGGUGGUGGGGGCUCACUUUUUGCUUAGAUGUCUUGAUCUGGAGCGAUUUGUGCUUUAUGUGGUGAAGGAGUUUGAGCCUAUAAUCCAGAAGCCUUAUACUAUUGUAUACUUUCACUCUGCUGCAUCUCUGCAAGUUCUAUGCUCCUUUGUCAAGAGUGGAUUUUUUCUGGCAAUAUAUGUCCUUCACUCAACUGUUGGACUAAAAUUGACUGUAUUCGCACUUCAGCUGCUUGUCGAUAAUACGGUAUGGAAGAAAGUGGUGUAUGUUGAUAGAUUACUUCAGCUCUUCAGAUACGUACCCCGCGAACAGUUGACCAUCCCAGAUUUCGUCUUUCAGUUGAGUCUUUAUGUUUUCAUGCUCUUGUCCACAUACCUUGAAAAGGCAAAGGCUUCAGACAGGCAUGACUUAGAAGUGAAUGGAGGAAAAGGUCUCAUUGUGGAUCCUAGAACAAAAUAUGUCUAUCACCGACCAUGA